AUGUCCGAGGCUUAUUUCCGGGUGGAGUCGGGUGCGCUGGGUCCUCAGGAGCAUUUUCUUUCCUUGGACGACAUUCUGAUGUCCCACGAGAAGCUCUCGGUGCGCACGGAGAUCCCCAUGCCGCGCCUGGGCGCUUUCUUCCUAGACCGGAGCGGAGGGGCCGAGACUGACAAUGCGAUCCCGGAGGGCACAAAGCUUGAACUCCCUUUGUGGCUGGCAAAGGGACUUUUUGACAACAAGCGGCGGAUUCUUUCAGUGGAACUUCCCAAGAUCUACCAGGAGGGUUGGAGGACUGUGUUCAGUGCAGACGCCAACGUGGUGGACCUCCACAAAAUGGGACCACAUUUCUAUGGGUUCGGCUCCCAGCUCCUGCAUUUUGACAGUCCAGAGAAUGCUGACAUCUCCCAUUCUCUCCUGCAGACAUUUGUUGGACGUUUCCGCCGCAUCAUGGAUUCUUCCCAGAAUGCUUACAAUGAAGACACGUCGGCACUCGUGGCCCGGCUAGACGAGAUGGAGAGAGGCUUGUUUCAAACAGGGCAGAAAGGACUGAAUGACUUUCAGUGUUGGGAGAAGGGGCAGGCAUCUCAGCUCACAGCUUCCAACCUGGUUCAGAACUACGCAAAGAGAAAAUUCACUGACAUGGAAGACUGA